GCGUUUGUAUUAUAAAUCGCAUAAUGCAUAGCGCGUGAAGUUUUCUCCCGGCGCUCGGCAAGCCUUCACACGCUCAUCAUGUCGCGGAGGAAGCAGCAAAAUCCCAAACACUUAGAAGCUUCGGAUGACGAUUCCAGCCCCCAAACGUUACCUGGGGAAGCGGUUCCUGAGAUGGCGACCCUAAUUGACGAAAAUGACGGAAAGCGGGAAGUUGAAGAGAGUUCGCAAACAGAGUUCACAGAGGAGCGGGAAUUUGUGGAGCCGGCACCAAAACGAUUGAAAUUAGAUGAAGAAGCUUGUGUGGAUGAAAGGGUUAAUGACAAUGAAAUUCAGGUAGAUCAUAAUCAGAAUGCAGCGGAGGAUGUGUCCGAUGUUGGCGAUGUUAUCGGUAACGUUGACGGCCAUGAUGACUUUGACGACGAGAAUAAAGAGAAUGAACAUGACGAUUUAGAAGGCGUUGAUGACUAUGACGAUUUAGGUCAAGAUGACGGAAAGUCUAGCGACGAUGAUGAUAUCGAUGAUGACGAGGAUGAUGAAAGACCGUUAGAUCUGAAUGUGAAAUCGGGUAACUUUCUGUCGAAUAUUGCAAAAACUGGUAUCGAUACCCUUAACCCCAUGUUGACACCUGCAAUGGCAACAUUACAGCAGUUCUUCCCGUUUAACAAUGUGACAUUAGAACCGUUAGAAACAACAAAGCAGGCCGUGGCACAGUUUGCGGAAAAUAACCUUGCACCGUCAGAACUUGCCAUGUUACAAAGCACACUCUAUUCACUGCAGCAGCAGCAGUUGUUGCAGUUACAGUUGAUUCAGCAGCUUCAGCAGCAGCUGAUAAACGGAAUGAACCAAAAACAACAGCAACAGCAACAGAUGCAGCCAGGCGGGCAUUCGUCGUCUCCAAUGCCGCUCAAAGCAGCGCCACCUCCAUCUACUACCUCACCGCCAAUGUUGAUGCCGCCUGGUGGCCAUAGUAAAUCCGCCUUUGAUCCUGUUGCUAACACGGACAAGAAGGUCACAGGUUCAAGGUCAUCCAACUCGAGUCCAGAUCUCCAUGACGAUAAUCAAGUUGCACAGGAGAAGUCUGAACGCACCACACCAUCGCCCGCCGAACCCACCACGCCCGUUAACCCCUCCGUCUUCGUUAGCGAUGACCCGUUUUUCAAGCACAAAUGCCGAUAUUGCUACAAGGUCUUUGGUAGCGACAGUGCCCUUCAGAUUCAUAUCAGAUCGCACACAGGUGAAAGACCCUUCAAAUGUAACAUCUGCGGGAAUAGAUUUUCAACCCGAGGCAACCUGAAAGUACACUUCACCCGGCACAGAGCAAAGUACCCCCAUAUCCGGAUGAACCCCAAUCCAGUACCGGAACAUCUAGACCGGAUCGCACCACAACGAAUCUUCUCACCGAACCACGCACUCCCAACACCGACGAUGGGGCCUCAUUUUGGACCAAAUGGAAUCCCUAGCAUGCACAUGCGACCUUUUGACAAGAUGCCAGAGCUGCAAAUUAAACAAGAAACGGAGACGUCACCGUUUUCAAGGAUAGAGUCACCAGUUACAAGUUCCUCAUUGGCAACUUCGACCAGCCGGAGCCAUACUAGUCCAAUCCCUGCGGUCGGAAGCGAGCCACCAGCACUGACUUCACCAGAUAUGUCGACAGGUACUGCAAGCACUCAUAGCCAUCAGCGUUUGAGCCCACACAUGCCACGCCCACCGCACUCGAUACCCAUGCCAGUUCCGUUACCCAGCAGUCUUCCGACAAUGUCCAUGUCAAUGCCACCAAUGUCGAUGGUGGAUUCACCAUUUCAACGUGGAUCAAUUCUGCCCGCAAAAACAGACGACCCUCUGGAGGAAUUCAUGGAGUGUAAAAAAUCUGAGACCUCAAAACUCCAGCAGUUGGUCGAGAACAUUGAGACGAAACUGACAGAUCCAAAUCAAUGCGUCAUCUGCCAUCGUGUACUCAGCUGUAAGAGUGCACUGCAGAUGCAUUACAGAAUUCACACCGGCGAGAGACCAUUCCGUUGCAAAAUCUGUGGCCGAUCUUUCACGACAAAAGGGAAUCUGAAAACACACAUGGGUGUCCAUCGUGCUAAGCCGCCACUACGAAUGCUUCACCAGUGUCCCGUAUGUCACAAGCAGUUUACCAAUAGCUUGGUGCUUCAGCAGCAUAUACGCAUGCACACUAACGAUAUGAGUCAUAUGGGAUUCUCGAGCCACCAUCCUGAUUUCAGCGCCCCCUACCAACCGUUGAAUUUGUACCACCCACCACCAUCGCAUCCACAAGUCCUUCCAGGAGGUGAACUUGACCUCAGCAAGCCAUCAGAUCGAGACCGCUCAGAGCUCGACAGGAAGACAGGGAGUCCGGAUCGCGAGAGUCGGUCUCGCAGUGUCAGCCCCGAAAAUGAUACUCCAGAGAAAGACGACUAUAAUGAGAGUGAUGACGAUGAAACACCACCUCCCAAAGAUCACAGUCCUGUACCAAUGGACACUUACAAUGAGAAUCUCCCCAUUGAACCUGGUAAGGGAACACCAGAACCGCCAACGUCAAUGUAUUCUACCUCACUUGCAGCUUUAGAGGAACGUGUUCGUGCGAUGGAUGCCAGCAUGGCACAACCGCGGUACGACCUAAGUAGGCCGCUAGAUAUGACCCAUUCGCAUCACCAGGAAAGACGGCCCAAACCUGAUACACCGGUAUCAUUCGCAAGCUCGCCGAACGGUGAAAGGAACAUUAUGUCACCUGUGAGUCAGAGUGAGCACGGAUCUGAGCACCAGGACUCGCAGGAGCACCGCAGUAGUCCUCACUCCCGCAUGGGCUCAUCACCACCAUCAAUGUCUCCGUACCCAUAUCCAACAUCUUCUGGUACAAGCAGCCCGGGUGCAAACUUUGGCGCCUUAGACUUGUCUCAGGACAACAGGCCGACCACUUGCAAUAUCUGUACGAAGGUUUUUGCCUGCCGCAGCGCGUUGGACAUUCACUAUCGCAGUCACACCAAGGAACGACCUUACAUGUGCGAGGUAUGUGACCGAGGCUUCACAACACGAGGGAACAUGAAACAGCACAUGCUCACUCACAAAAUCCGUGAUUUGCCUUCCGAGGCUUUCGGGGAGGACCUUGAGGAAGACAGGGAGUCGGACAGAAGUGAAAACUUCCCAAAGUCUGAGCCAAACACACCGGCGAUGACUUCACACCCGCAUCUACACACACCAACCACGCCGCCAUCAGUUGCAGACAGUUCUCCGUUCGUUCGUAGACACAACCCAAAACAUCAGUGUCAGAUUUGCAUGAAGCCGUUCUCAAGUGCGAGCGCGUUACAGAUACAUAUCCGCACUCAUACCGGGGACAAACCAUUUAAAUGUACCGUCUGCGGGAAAGCGUUCACCACCAAAGGUAACUUGAAAGUUCACAUGGGGACGCACAUGUGGAACAACGGGCCAUCAAGGCGCGGCAGACGCAUCGCCAUGGAGCCUCCGAUCCCUAUGCCGACAAAGGAGGCCGAUUUCAUGUUUGCGCACCGAUCGCCUUCAGAACUUUACUUCCCGUAUCCACCGUUUGCAAAUGGCUUGUCGCCCAAGUUAAAUGAGAUUCCUGUCAUACAGAGCAUGAACGGCACCUUCCCUCAUCUUGGUGUCCCGACGAGCUCCGCAGCCGACUACCUCAAAAUGGCGUACUCACCGCUGAUGGCGAUGGCGGCGCCAGCGUUGCAUAAUGGCUUCAAAGACUCGAUCCCCAAUCGUGGUGACUUUGGUUCAAAUUUUAAGGAAGAGAAAGACAAUGUGAAAAAUAACAAUGAAGGUGAGGAGGAGAGCAAAACGCGAGAUGACCAGUCUGACGAUUCUUCACAUGCGCCGAACUGGUCGUGGAAGACGACGUGUCAUCUGUGUAGUAAGGUUUGUUCCUCGGUACCGGCCCUGGAGGCGCAUCUGCAAUCCCAUGUCUUGAGUCAUAACAGUUCAGAGAGAGAGGAGCAGAAGACUGUCAUGACUUCUGGCAAGAAUUGCAUCAGGUUGCAGACCUUGUCUGUCAGGAUGGAUUCUGUGAAUGCUACAGUUGCACCUCCUUCGGCCGAGUCCCUCAAUGACAUCCAGGAUUAUCUUGAGAACUUUAAUAAGGAGAUACAGGAAGCUGGUCCAAAUGGAAAUCAACAGCUAUUUAACCCAGAAGUUGGGCAGGGUGACUUUAUCCAACAGCCGAGUGAGCUACUACUGGCUAGUGGUUCAGAAGCAGCAACCGCUACAACUCAGAACCUUGAGACAAUUGCCCAGGAUGCCCUGCAGAGUAUGGGGACACUAACGCAACCCGUUGAUGGCAUGAAUGGUCAGGUUGUUCCUAAGACAGAGAUUGAUGAGCCGAUGGUCGUUACAAAACAGGAGCCGGGAGUUGACACAACCCAGUCCCAGAUCCUUAUCCAUCAUCCGCAGGGGAUUGUAUCCCAAGAUGGACAGCUGAUGAUUGUCUCAGGUGACCAGACCACUGCCUCGCAGCCAAUGUUGGUCAGCAAUGCUGGUGAACUCCCCCAGAUUAUCGUCUCCGAAGGGCAUGAUUUGGGAAGUCAGCAGGUGGUAGUGCAGACAGCAGCCUCCGAGACAGUUGGACAAGAUCAAAACGCCUUGGAAAACUCUGUGGUUCAAGUUUUGCAGUCUGUUGGAGCAGAGACCCAGAUGGUGCAGUCUGGUGACCAGAUGAAUAUCCAAGAUCCACAGUUGGUCGCUGUGCAGAAUGCCCAGGAUAGCUCACAGCCACAGUUGGUAGCAGUCCAACAGGGUGUAGAUCAGAGUUCACUGGAUAUCCUUGCGAGUGCUUCCCAGCAGGGCCAGCAGAUUGCUACAACUGAAGGCAACAUGGUGUUGAAUUCUGAAAACGCACCGUACCAGACGGUUACGAUUGUUCCCUCCGACGUCAACCAAGGCGGUGAAGUCAGUUAUGUCUUGAUUGUUUCGCAACCAGAUGAUAAGAACAAAGACGGCGAGGUGGGUGAUCUGUCUGUGUAUGACUUCAAGGAGGAAGCCAAAGAGCAUGUCGACGAUGGCGAAGGCAGUGACGAGGAGGAGGAGGGGGAGACCCCAAAGAAAAUCAUCAAGAUCCUCCCCAAGAAAGUCCCACAGUGUACCCAUUUGAUGUGCAACUAUUGCAAUUACACCAGCCCCAAGAAAUACCUUCUGACAAGGCAUAUGAAGACGCAUUCGGAGGAGCGGCCUCAUAAAUGUAAUAUUUGUGACCGCGGUUUCAAGACCGUUGCGUCGUUGCAGAAUCAUCACGAUACGCACACGGGUACAAAGCGUCACAAAUGCAAGGAGUGCGAAUCGGCUUUCACUACGUCUGGGGAGUUGGUACGUCAUGUUCGUUACAAGCAUACUCAUGAGAAACCUCACAAGUGUACCGAGUGCGACUAUGCUAGCGUUGAGCUGAGCAAGCUCAAGAGGCACAUGAGAUCGCACACAGGCGAACGACCAUACGCUUGCCCUCACUGCUGCUAUGCCAGCCCUGACACUUACAAGCUAAAAAGACAUUUACGAAUUCACACUGGUGAAAAACCUUACGAGUGUGACGUCUGCCAUACCCGCUUCACACAGAGCAACAGCUUAAAGGCACAUCGGCUGAUUCAUAGCGGCGCCAAGCCCGUGUACCAGUGUGAACUUUGUCCAACAACCUGUGGGCGCAAGACCGAUCUGAAAAUCCACAUUCAGAAGUUACACACGAGCGACAGACCGCUCUGUUGCAAGAAGUGUCACAAAUCAUUCCCUGAUCGCUACACGUUCAAGCUCCAUAUGAAGACGCAUGAUGGUGAGAAAUGCUUCAAAUGCGAGUUAUGCCCGUAUGCAGCGUUAUGUGAGCGGCAUCUACAGUCGCAUGUCCUAACUCAUACUGGCGAAAAACCAUUUGAGUGCGACCAGUGUGACCAGUCAUUCCGGCAAAAACAACUCCUGAAGCGCCAUAAGAAUCUCUACCAUACGCCGGACUACACAGCACCGGUUCCACGUGAGAAGAGUCACGAGUGCAGUGAAUGUGACAAGGCGUUUGCACACAAGGGAAAUCUGCUGCGCCACAUGGCCAUGCAUGACCCGGAGAGUCCGAUGUAUCAGCCGAUCACUCAGUUUAGAAAGAAGAGGGAGCCGGGUGAGGUGCGUGAAGAUGAUGACGAUGAUGAGGAGGAAGAGGAAGAGGAAAUGGAAGGUGAUGGGCUUGAGGUUGAAGUUGGCGAUGGUACCAACCAGGGUAAGACAGUAAUGAUUGAAGUGACCCAGGAGGGAUCUGCCCAGCAGAUGUUCUUGCUGAUGGAGGUACCUGCCGGGACAGAGGAGCUUGAGCAGGGCACCAUUCAGGAGGAGAUGGCGGUGCCAGAGGGCGUGGAAGAGCCAGUAGAGAUUGAGGAACAGCAGAAUACGGAGGAUAUGGAGCCACCGGUGCUUGUGAUGGAGACGCCUGUUACGCCUCGGAGGGGUAGACGUGGCAAGAAAGCUAUGGCAGUGACACCAAAACUUGAAAAGGUCGAACCAGAACCAGAACCAGAACUAGAAACGCCAUCGCCAGUGGAGACUCCUUCGCCAGCAGUGACAGUAACCCCAUCGCCAAGCAAGGGCAAGCGUAGCCGCCGCUUGUUCAAGAAGGAUGAACAGGAUGCGGAACCUGCAACCCUUGAAACGUCGACAUCAUCUACCCCAGCUAGAUCAACAAGAGGGAAAGCCAAAGUACAACAAGAAUCUUCUGAAGAGCCGCCGGCUAAGAGAACCAAACGUCAGAGUCCUAGGAAGGGGAAGCAAGAAGAUGGAGAAGAGCCCGAGGAAGACAAGCGUCGUGAAGAACAGAUUAGGAAAGAUAUUGAAGAGUGCUUUGGAUUUGAAGUUGACGAAGAAGGUUGAAUGAACGGAUGCCAUGGGAUGGUCGAAACUGCUUGGAUUGAAUUGGAAAAUGAAUCUGAGGUAAAAUCGACCUCAUAUACAGUUGAAGCAUAUCAUCGAUGCACUUCCCAGAGCAUUUCUGUUUUAAAAGAUUAUGAAAACUUCUUUUCUGUGAAUGCAGAUGGACUUAUUUUGUGAGACAUCAUUUUGAGCGAGGUCUCUGGGAGGAAAGUCUGGAGACUCCAUUCUAACUCUCUUCUGUAAUUGUAGGCUCUUCUCAGAAAGUUGAUGCUGAAGGAGUUGGUCAAAUAUCGAAGCUAUAAAAUGUAUUAAAAUCUUCAUGGUCUGUCCUGGUUCUAAGAUAUUUAAAUCAGGGGAAUUAUGCCAGAAGUUUAGACGAAACGUUCCAAUGACAAUUGCAUUGGUUGCUUUUGCUCUUACUUGUCUUUUCUCCUUUCCUUUAUACUGUAUAUAUGAAUGGACGUUAUAACACUUUUAGAUGUACAAAAUAAUGAACUGUGUUGAGAUAUUUCAUUGUUUAUCCUUAUUAACAUGAAUGUAUGUCAAGUCCGAGUAUUUUCACAUUUGCAUUAAAAUCAAACUUGUUAAAAAGUUGUCGUAGACCCAUCCAUGUUUGCUGCUGUUGGUGGGGAGCUGUCUUCAAUUAAUUUGACUACCUCCAAAUUGUUGGAUUUCAAAUUCCCGUUCAACGGCACACGAAAACAAUGGGAUUAUUAUCUUACAUCAUUCUAUAUUCUCUCAUCUCACCUUUUGUAAAUGUAGGUUAUGUUUUUGUAACAAAUGUACGCAUAGGCCCUGUUAGGCGACGUAAAGUCAUAUUGAUUGAAUAGCCAAGUGUUAGGAACAUGUAUUUUGUUAUUUUAAGAUUGUCAGGAUUGUGGCGGUGCCUGAGUAACUCACAGUUAGACUGAUGACAAUCCAGUAACUGUUUGUUAUUUUGUUUUUGAAAUAGAUCUGGAUUUUGGUUGUUACUGGCCCUGGAGGGUUACAAUAUGAUUAUUUUGCUAACUAGAAGUUGUUGAGAGGUACAUUCACUUGGACUUGCUAUGUAAACAAAUGUAUAAUGAACUCCCUAAAAGGAAAAGGGUCAUGAAUUACUGGCACACAUUGGCAAUAAAUCGUACUCAGACACAUUUCCCUUGAUCUUCCGAAGAUGUGUUGUACAUGUAUUAUGCGUGGCAUGCAGACAUUUGUCUUUCAUUUCUGUCUUGUUGACUUAAAAUGAGAAUGCUUUGAGAUUGUAAGAUAUCUGGUGGACACUGUCAUCAGCCUUCAGUACUGCAUAUUGCCAGCGGAUUUAGAUUAUUGGAAAAAAAUCGAAGUUCGGUGGGCAGACGUUAGCACAACACUAUUAAAAUCAAUAGAAAUUUGGAGUUUAGGAAUGAAAGUAUUAGAACUUUUCAUCAAAAAUGAUUGUUAGCGCAUUUUUCAGUCAACUUUAAUAGAAUGUCCUCUUGAGAAACACUUUAACAAUCGUGCUACCAAACUUUGAACCAGAAAUAUCCUUGAUUAUGAACAGAUUUUAAUGAACUUGUAUUGCACACUCUAGUUCAGCUAGUACUAUAUUCUGUGAACUUAUAUGUAUGGAUCCAUGGUGGAGUUUACAAUAAAAUGCAUGAAAGUAUAA